CCGCCGCCGCCGACCAUGUCCGCGCCGCCGUCUCUCAAGCCCCCGGCCACCGCCGCCUUCCUCGCCGCCCCACGCGCGGCAGCCGCCCCGAGAGCUGCCGUCCCGGGCGCCACCGCGCAGCCGCCGCGGCGCCUCCGCUGCUCUGCAGCCGCCGGAGCCGGGGCCGGAGAUUACGUCGAGAUGAGUGCUCCCCUGGAUUGGGCGGCGAGGUCGGUGGAGGCGCUCGAGCAAGCGACGGACCUGGACACCUUCUGUAUGAUGGCGCUGUCGCCGCUCGACGGGCGCUACUUCAGAUCUGUCAAGGACCUGAUGCCCUUCUUCAGCGAGUUCGGACUCAUCAGAUACCGCGUCCUAGUUGAGGUAAAAUGGUUGCUGAAACUUUCACAAAUCCCCGAGGUCACGGAAGUGCCACCAUUCAGCGAGGAGGCCCAGCUCUUCCUGGAUGCGGUUAUCCGAGAUUUUAGCAUCGACGAUGCUAAAGAAGUGAAACAAAUCGAGAAAAUAACCAACCAUGAUGUGAAGGCUGUCGAGUACUAUCUGAAGCAGAAAUGUAGCUCAAAUCCAGAGGUGGAAAAGGUUUUGGAAUUCUUCCAUUUUGGGUGUACUUCUGAAGAUAUCAACAACUUGGCAUAUGGACUGGCUCUAAAAGAGGCGGUAAACACAGUUAUGCUCCCUGUGAUGUGUGAUGUAUGCAUUGCAAUACGUACCUUGGCAACGGAAAAUGCGCAUGUCCCUUUGUUGUCUAGAACUCAUGGACAGCCGGCAUCACCAACAACUCUGGGAAAAGAGAUGGCGAAUUUCGUAGCCAGAUUAUAUGAUAUCGGGAAGAGUUUUUCUGAUGUCAAGAUACUAGGGAAAUUUUCUGGAGCUGUUGGAAAUUACAAUGCUGAUGUAGUUGCGUAUCCGGAAAUUGACUGGCCUAAGAUGACAGAAGAGUUUGUCAGAUCCUUAGGUUUGCAGUUCAAUCCUUAUGUUACCCAGAUCGAACCUCAUGAUUAUAUCGCAAAGCUCUUCAAUCUAUUUGUCCAGUUCAACAUUGUCUUGACUGAUUUUGACAGAGAUAUGUGGGCUUAUAUAUCAGAAGGCUACUUCAAGCAGAUACCGAAGGCUGGUGAAGUUGGAUCCUCCACCAUGCCUCACAAGAUCAACCCAAUCAAUUUUGAAAACAGUGAAGGCAAUUUUAGUGUGUCUAAUGGUCUGUUGCAUACUUUAAGCAUGAAGCUACCAAUAUCAAGAUUGCAGCGUGAUCUCACAGAUUCAACUGUUUUGAGAAACUUGGGUGUUGGAUUAGGACACUCACUCUUGGCUUACAAAGCCACAAUUCAGGGAAUCCAGAAGCUCCAGGUGAACAGAGUCCGUUUGGAUGAAGACUUGGACCAAACAUGGGAGGUCCUUGCAGAGGCAAUACAGACAGUGAUGCGAAGGUAUGGGAUCCCUGAACCUUAUGAGAAGCUGAAGGAAAUGACUAGGGGUCAGGCUGUGACCAAAGAAAGCAUACGCCGAUUCAUUGAAAGUCUAGAUCUACCAGAGGAUGUGCGAUCAAGUCUUUUGGAGUUAACACCACACACGUACAUUGGAGAGGCGGAAAAGCUUGCUAGAGAUAUUGUGAAUGUGGUCGAUCUAGAAUCUGGGUUUAAGAUCGAGUGAGCUUCCAUCCCUUUUUCGACAAGGGUGACAAGAAUAACAUGGAGAAUUUCGAGGUGAACUUCACAUGGCCUAGUCUUAAAAGAUUGUGUCACAGUAAUAUCUUGUCCUCAUUAAAAAGCUUCUGAGGGCAUGUGGCAUGCGGUCUACGGGAUUGUACAAUCAGUAUUCAUUUUUGCUGUGCGGAGCUCCAUUUUGUCACACAUUUUUCCACAGUUUUGUGUAUGACAUAGUGGGGGGUGCCGCAAAUAUUCGACUGAGCAAACAGUGGCUAGAAACGGUCAAACUUUGCCUAUCUUUAGUUUGACAAAGUUUGGAUGGCCAAAUAAGUUGAUUUCGAAUA